GCUGGCUUGACUGCAAGUCUCGAAUUGGAGCAGGUGAGUACAGGUUCGAGCACAGCUCUGGUCCUUCAUCGCUGCACUGGAUCAUCACUUACAUUUGUGAGCGACAGUGAACGCGUCAUUCACAGUGUUUCACUGAAAGAGUUGAAAAAGCUUUCAUGCAGGAUUUAUUUCACCAUGUCAUCAUCCAGUUGUCUGUGCAGCAGUGUACGGCGUGUCUGUGCAGACGUGUUUACACUGCUCGCUCCGUCAAAGGACCACCACGAGAGACGUCGUUACUUCAGUCUGAACUCGUGGUUGUCGUGAACGUUGAGCUUUGUUUAGUUUGUGUGCAAGCGCCAUGAACCAUAAAUUGAAACUCUUUAUAAAAUGACUGUCACGGUCCAUUUUACUGUGUUACCGGUGACAGCACCUGAUGCUCCACUCAGAGCUCUGACUUGAUGUCAUGCUAUCGUUUCUGAAUGGUGGGAUAUUCAGAGGCUGUUUCAAACGGCCCCACGCCGUGACGUGGCUGCUGCAGCAACACACAAAAACAGCAGCGCGCUCUACUCACCUCCAGCACUAUCAGCGGGACUGCGCUCUUUGAUUUUAUGCCUGUUCCUUCCAGUGACGCGUGCACACGCAAAGCCAGCUCCAGCUACAAUUUCUAGUAGAAGCUCCUCCCACUGACGCUGACAUCAGCAGUACCAGUCUUCUAAUGAAACUGGGUCCGAACUGGAAUCCUCAGUGGAAAAGGGACAACACAGACAGUGGGGGGCUCACCUGUCUCCCACCUGUUGUCACACUAAAUGCUGCAGACUGACAGUGGGGGGAGGGGUCUCGUACAGGUGUGUGCAAUCACACAGGUCAGGCUGAUGAAGGUGAAGCUCAGCAGCGUGAAGCCUGUAAAUCUUCUGAAGGUGAACGUGAGACAGACAUGCUGCUGCUGGUCGUCUGUGUUCUGUCGGUCCACACAGCUGGAGGUUCGACACAGAUCCAGAAUCAGCGGAACUCCACUGUAAAUGAAACUGCGCAGGAAAGCUCGCUGUUCUCCGCACGCUUUGGCUUCACAGACCUCGCCGGGGUGCGCUCCUUCGUGCUGGAGCAGGAGCUGGAAACCCGAAUCAUCGGGGGUCAGGAGGCCUGGGCUCACUCGUGGCCCUGGCAGGUUUCCCUGCAGCUCGCCUCCAUGCCGGCCUGCGGGGGUGCUAUCGUCAGCCCGCUGUGGGUCAUCUCUGCUGCCCACUGCUUCAUAAGGCAUAGUAAAGCAUCCUUGUGGACGGUUCUUGCUGGAAAACAUGACCUGGAUAAAGCUGAGGAGCCUCAGGAGCAGCUGGUGGGAGUCUCCAUGAUCUUCAUCCAUCACAGCUACAACACUCAGUCUAAAGAGAGCGACAUCGCUCUGCUGAAGCUGGAGAAACCACUGGAGUUCAACCACUUCGUCAGACCCAUCGACAUCUGGAUGACGCCACUGCCUCUGCUCAUGAAGUGCACCAUCACUGGCUGGGGCUCCACCCGAGAGAAUGGCCCUCGAGUCAACAGACUGCAGGAAGUGAACGUGACCAUCCUGCCCUCAGAUACCUGCAACCAGUACUACCUGGGCAGGAUCAGGCCCUCCAUGUUUUGUGCUGGGAAGGAUGAAGGGGGACUGGAUGCCUGUCAGGGGGAUUCUGGAGGUCCUCUGUCCUGCUUCACAGGCACCAGGUAUGAGCUGGCAGGUUUGGUGAGUUGGGGGGUGGGUUGUGGUCGAGCCAAAAGACCUGGAGUGUACACCAGAGUGCAGCAGCAUGCUCAGUGGAUGUCUGACACCAUGGGUGAUCAGGCUCAAGUGUCUGAAGAUGACCUCAUAGAUGAAGAGGAGUGCGGUAAGCAGCAGAGCUCCGGCUGUGAUCAGACUCCCGGCCUCGCCGAAAUCUCGCUGUCCGUAGACGGCGUGUUGUCCGUGGUGAAUGUGACUGAGUCCUGCCCCUUCCUCUGGCCCUGGCAGGUCAGCCUACAGUCUAAUGGUCGCCACUACUGCAGCGGCGCUCUGAUCCACCCCCACUGGGUCAUCACCGCCAAACACUGCGGCGUCAGGGCUAAAGAGGAUGUGGCAGUUUUGGGGCUUCAUGACAUCAAGUUCCUGCCAGUUCAAACAAUCCUAGUGGACAAAGUCUUUAACCCACCACAGAAAACGGGCUUCCCCCCGAAGUCUGACCUGGCACUGCUUCACCUGAGCGUUGCUGCCAGACUUGGUUCUGAAGUGUCUCCAGUUUGUGUCCCUGAUGAGGAUGACGACCUGGAUGACACCUGGUCUUGUAUCACAGCUGGCUGGGGAGCAACUAAAGCGAAAGAGGGUGUUGAUCCAGACCGGCUGCACCACACUGGGCUCACACUCGUCAACGCAACCUUCUGCAGGCAGAAAUGGGGAGGCUUCGUCACUGACUCUCACAUCUGUUCACAUCCUGCAGGCUCCACAUCCUGUAUGGGAGACGCUGGAGCACCACUCUUCUGUCAGAAAUAUGGCACCUACUUCCUGUUUGGUGUUGUCACAUGGGGCAGCUGGCACUGCGACUCAGAGAAGCCAGCCAUCUUCACCAGAGUGUCAGAUUAUCAGUCGUGGAUCAGAAAGAUGAUUUUCAAAUUCUGACUGAAAAUAAACUCUUUAAUCAA